UUUCGAAGCUUCUGCGGUCCCAAAUUCUUUCGACUGGUGCCAUAUCGGACUCUGAUGCAAGCGCGAACCAGUGGAAUUGUACAUUUAAGUUGGAUCCGAAGAAGUUUGGAGCAAUUUCUUUACACGAAUUAGUCAGAAGUUGGGUUUUAGCUAGUCAGGCUCCUCAUGGCGGGGUCGAGACUCUAUUGCCUUCAAGGCUCACAGACUGUUACCCGAUUUCCGAAUGCCGGAAUGAUAGAAGCGGGGAACCCUAGACUACAUUCAAAGAGUGUAGCCUUUCGGAGGCAGUUCAUCGGCCGGGGCAUCGAUCGCCUGAAGCAAGAGCAAAGGUUGUGCAAAUCGGUCGAUGAGAGCAAGGGCAUCAGGAUAACAGAAGCGGAAUCAAAAAACAACGACACGAAGGAGGAUCAGAAAGCGAAGAGAGCGAAGGAGAAAGUGGCGAGAAGGGCGGCCGACGUUCGAGGCAAGAUCAGCGAUUUCCUGGAGCAGAAAUCAGGCUACAGCUGGAUGCUGGGGCCGAUCGUGUCGACGACAAUGAUCGUGAUUCCGGCCACAACCAUGGGCCUGGCCACCAUCUUCCAACGAAACUAUCUGGCCGGCCUCGCGGCCACAUUCGGGCUCGACAUUCUCUUCGUGCUCUCGACCGACCUCUUCCUCGUGCUCACCAACAAGCUCGGCCACCAUAACCAGAUCUCGGGCGGGCCUCCGCCCUGGAUCGGGCCCUGGGAGUUCACGGGCUACCCGGCCGGGUUUCCCAAAGCUCUGAACUACGUCUCGUACGCGGCCGUCGGGACGGCCGCGCUGGCCACGCUGGCCGCCUUCGUCACCGGCAAGCUGCUACCGGCGGUAGCCGUCCUGGCGCCGUACCUGAGCUUGAUCUUCGUGCAGGUCGUGUACGAGCGCCUGAUGACCGGCGAGAAGCUGCCCGUGAGUCCGCUGGUGCCCAUCGUGUACACGGCGUACAGAUUCCGGCAGCUCAGCCGCGGCCUCAUGCUGCUGCCCACCCUCGACGGCGGCGGGCUCCUGGCGCGAUUCCUGCACAUCUCCAGCAGCCUCUGGGUGCUCUACCUGGCCUUGUACUUGACGCAGCUGCCGUGGCUCUACUCCACUUGGAACAUGAACCGCGCCACGUGAUUUCUGCGCAAUUUUGCCCCGCCCUGUACCAUACUUAUCUCCUGAAGAGUCUCUUGAUUCAGAUUCCGUGCUGUUAAUAAACUCUCGUUCUUGCGUAUAUGCUCUUCUUGUCCUGCUCGAGUCUAUUUUGAAGCGUCCGAUCAUCUUUCUGUGGCCUUGUUGUGCUCUUUUACCCAUCUCCGUAGCGGUUGUCCGUAUGUAAGAAUGGGUGAUUUUCUGAGACCGGUUCCCAAAUUUAGGAAACAACAUUGUUGAUGAUUACCGCACAUAGCAGCGAACUCCUCUUCGAACAAAACCUAGGGUUCUACAUGCAGCUGAUUAAAUGAAUUAGGCGUUCUGGAAGGACAGAAUAUCAGUUUCUAGGUCGAUCCGUUUUUUUGAUCGAGGAUGUGAAAUGAGG